AUGGCUGGCCGGGCUGGCCCUUCCGAGCCGGAUGCUGCGGGAACCCAAGAGCGGGCCCAGAAGGCCGCAGGGCAAGACAUGUCCUCACAGAAAAUUGAAGACUUGAUGGAAAUGGUGAAAAAGCUACAGAAAGCGGGAAACCUAGAGCCCCGUGUUGAGGUCCUGAUUAACCAGAUUAAUGAAGUUCAGCAAGCAAAAAAGAAAGCAAAUGCAGAGCUAGGAGAAGCUCGGACCAUUUGGGAGGCCCUGCAGAAGGAACUUGACUCACUGCGUGGAGAGAAAGUACGACUGAAGGAGAUCUUGAACAAAAAACAAGAGACCCUGAGGAUCCUCCAGCUGCACUGCCAGGAGAAGGAAAGUGAGGCACAGAGGAAGCACACCAUGUUGCAGGAGUGUAAGGAGAGGAUUUCUGCCUUGAACACCCAGAUUGAGGAGGAGAAGAACAAACAGAGGCGGCUGAGGUUGGAUUUUGAGGAACAGCUGGAAGAUCUGAUGGGCCAACACAAGGACCUCUGGGAAUUCCACAAGCCAGAGCAGCUAGCAAGGGAGAUGUGUGCCCUGGAGAGCAGUAAGGAACAGCUGCUCGAGGAAGAGAAGCUGGUCCAGGCAAAGCUGGAGGAUGUGAAGCAUCAACUAUACUCCCUGUGCGGGGCCAAGGGCUCCUCUGUCAUCACUGAGGGGCUCUUCCUUCGCAGUCAGGAGGCUGCAGCAGCAGCGCAGCUGUUCCAGGAAGAGAACAAGAAGGCUGAAGAGCUCCUAGCAGCAGCUUCCCAGCAGCACCAGCAGCUGCAGCACCAGUGCCAGGAGCUGCAGCAGAAGCGGCAGCGACUGAAGGAGGAGCUGGAAAAGCACGGGAUGCAGAUCCUUGCCCAAAUCCAAAGCAAGCAGGAGGAGGGGACUGGCCCCAGAGAGGCCAGUCCAAAGCCCCUAAGAGUCCAUGAGGAGAAAGAAGUAGAGCCAUCCACCGAGCACAGCCUGGUUCCCUCCUAGGCCACAAGUACACACUCUACUCCAACCUCAUCCCAAGGGGUUUCAGGAAAUAAAGGCACUAUUUUUGUACAGUGUAUGUCAGCUGAGUCUAUGCUGUGGAGGGGUGGGGGUCAGACCCAAAACCCAGAGGCCACUGAGACUAUGUAAAACCUUGGCCUGACUCUGGUUUGGAUUCCAGUUCACUAAUGCUCUUUUAAAAAAGAACUUGAACUCUAUACUGACCUCUGCCAUCCUGUGUUGUAGUCCCUAGUGGUAAGCUGAUAGAAAGAAAUAUAAUUUGAGGCUAUGUGAGCUUCUGCUCUCAUGGACACAAAAUGUAUAACUAAGACACCUGUUGACAGGAACGUGGUAUGUUAGAAAUCCUCAGUGUGUAGCAAGUUAGGACUCAAACUGUGUAUCUGAACAUGCCUCAGAUUCACCAAAAAGCAUUGACCCAACUAAGGCCAACUACAGGAGUCCAGUCUACACCUUCUGUGUCAAGAUAUAAUGUGUGAAUGACAAAGGGGUCCCUUUUCUUGACCAGUUCCCACCAGGUGGGCUAGUAACAUGGUGGGUUAGAGAGAGGGUCGCUCUGGAGAGCACUGUUUAUAUGGAGGAGGGAAAGAACAUGGCAAGGAGGAGAAAGUCUCUAGUCAGUCCAGAACCAGCUGAAGUCCUAAAAUUCAGUGUCUCGUUUCUCUAACUAUAAGAUGGGGUUAAUCAAAACUGUGUUAUAAAUAAACUCAAGAAACACUAUCAAGAAUAACAUACUAAGUGGAAAUUUUAA